AUGAAGGCUAGGGUGCGCGCGUGUAAGGUGAAGAAUGAAUAUGCUUGCUUGAUCUGCGGCUUGGGCUGUUGCGCGAUUGGGGUGAUGGUGCACGAGAAGCAAAAUUGUGGUUGCUUUGCCGGAGAAGACGAACGAAGUUCUCAAGCACAAGCAAUGUGGCAGAGAGUAAAGAGGCAAGCUGGCAUAAGAUGUGGUCUCGCCGUUUGCCACAUCAAACAAAAGUUAACGGAUUUUGGGUUGGCCAAGCUUUACGAGCAUGGUGCCAAGCCUAGCACCACACGUGUGGUGGGAACGAUGGGGUACCUUGCACCUGAACUCACACGAACGGGGAAACCCACCACCAGUUCUGAUGUUUACGCUUUCGGAGCGUUGUUGUUGGAGGUGGUGUGCGGGAGGAGGCCCAUUGAGGUGAAGGCAUUGCCGGAGGAGCUGGUGCUGGUGGACUGGGUCUGGGAGCGGUGGCGCAUGGGGGCGCCGCUGGCGGUGGUGGACCCCAGGUUGGGUGGGGCGUUUGAUGAGGUGGAAGUUUUGGUAGUGAUUAAAGUGGGGUUGUACUGUUCCGCGGAGGCACCAGAGAAGAGGCCCAGCAUGAGGCAGGUGGUGAGGUAUUUGGAGAGGGAGGUGUAA